AUUUGACUCAGCAGAGAUCACAUGCCUCUUCUUCACAGCAAAAAUGUUAUGACAUGAACAGAGUUGAGAAAAAGACCUUAAUCCUAUUGUUCUACAAACCUAUGAAUACAGAAUCAACCCCUUCAUUGCUAAGUUUCAAGAAGUUCAGUGAAAUAGAAUAGAAACAAUAUUUUUCUGAUUGUUUGGAGUGGAAUAGAUCUGCACAAGAAGAAAGUGAAACUAAGUGUGAGGAGGGAGGGGCAAGCAGACAAGCAGUACAAAAUGAAAGUGAAACUUUCUGAGCACAAUACUGCAUAGCCACAGACAGACAAGUCUUUGGAGCUUUUUGUGUGUAUGACCUGAGGUUUAUCACAUUCUUUCCUUGGAGGAAAAAACCUAUAAUGGCAGCAGGCCGUAAAAGAGACCCAGUUUGGCAAUAUUUUAAUGAAGUUCCUUUACCUAUCGGUAAGGCAGGCAUGCGUGCAAAAUGCAAACACUGCAACAAAGAAAUGCAAGGCCUGGUGGCCCGAAUGAGGCAACAUCAUGAGAAGUGCUGUGAUGAAGAUGACCAAAGAAACACAUUUGAACAGGCAGGAUCUUCAGGGGAAUUCAUGGAUUCUGGAAACUAUCCACCUUCAAGAUCACCAUCCUCCUGUUCUACAGUUUCAGAGUUAUCCAUCCAGGAUAGUGCUUCAUUAGCAUCAUCAUCAGACACCCACAGCCACAUAUCACUAUCACCUAAAAGAAAGAAAAAAUCCUUCCCUCCUGGAACCACCAUAGAUAAGUUUGUGAUAAAAACUAGCAGAUUAGAAAAAGAGUUAAUUGAUGAAAAAAUUGCCCAGUUUGUUUAUGCAAUGAACUCUUCUUUCCGUCUGACUGAGAACCCACAUUUCAUUAAUAUGGUUCAGUCACUGAGACCAGGAUACAGUCCACCCAGCAGAGCAGAUGUUGCAGGGAAACUGCUGGAUAAAGUGUAUGACAGAGAAAUGGAGCAAUGUGCAACAGCUCUGGAGGGUAGAAUUGUUAACCUAAGUAUUGAUGGGUGGAGUAAUGUCCACAAUGAUCCUAUUGUAUGUGCUUGUAUAACAACAGAAGAAGGGAAAGUCUUCCUUGCACAAACAAUUGAUACGUCAGGAAAUGCACACACAGCAGAAUACUUACAAGAAGUGACAGUAAAAGCUAUAAUAACAUGUGAACAAAAAUUCAAAUGUCUAGUACGCAGUUUGGUCACAGACAAUGCUGCAAAUGUAUCCAAGAUGAGAAGAAAUUUAGAAGAGCAGGAAGGGAAUACAAAGCUAAUAACAUAUGGUUGCAGUGCUCAUUUGCUGCACCUCUUAGCCAAAGACUUAAGUGUUCCAGAAAUAAAGACUAAUGUUGUUGAAAUUGCUAAAUACUUCCGUAACAAUCACUUUGCUGCAGCAGCUCUGAAAAGGAUGGGUGGAACCAAGCUAACGCUCCCACAAGAUGUUAGAUGGAACUCUGUGGUGGACUAUUUUGAGCAGUAUAUCAAGAACUGGCCUAUUCUGAUGACAGUUUGUGAACAAAAUCGAGAUAAAAUAGAUGGCACUGUCACGGCCAAAAUCCUCAACAUUGGGCUUAAGAGAAAUGUUGAACAUAUGCUGAGCAUCCUGAAACCCAUCUCUGAAUCUUUAAACAAAAUACAGAAAAAUAGCUGUUUUAUUGCUGAUGCUGUUGAAAUUUGGAAGGAACUGAGUGAACACUUAAAAACAGAACUACACAUGGACAGAAUUAAAUUACAAGCAUUAAAAAAACGAAUGGGACAAGUACUGUCUCCAGCUCAUUUUUUGGCAAAUAUUGUCAAUAUCCAGUACCAGGGUCAAAACUUAAGUGCUGAGGAAGAGGAGUUAGCUAUGACAUGGGUAUCCAGCAAUCAUCCAUCUGUAAUGCCAACUAUAAUAAACUUCAAAGCUGAGGGGGAACCAUUCAAGAAAUAUAUGUUUGCUGAAGAUAUUUUAAAGAAAGUCACACCAGUGAACUGGUGGAAGUCACUUAAGCACUUGGAUUUAGAGACUGUUCAAGUAAUGAUUUCACUUUUAACAGCAGUAGCUUCUUCUGCAGGCGUUGAAAGAAUAUUAUCUUCCUUUGGACUCAUUCAUUCUAAAUUGAGAAAUCGUUUGGGACCCGAUAAAGCAGGAAAGCUUGUUUUUCUUUUCCAGAUUAUGAACAAAGAAGAAGAUGAAGAUGACGAGUGAGCUACAGAGGACAGUAUUUAAGUUUUUCAUGUGUAGGCUGGGCUGACAGUCUAAGUUUCUUAAAAUAUAUAUAUUUUGUUUAGCCAAAUUAGUUAACAAACAUGG